AUGAUCUCACUCCUGAGAAGGCUAUCAACAUCACCUCCACUACUCAUGGAGCCGGCCAAUUCUUGUGUAGGGUCACAGAGACUUUCGGCCUUGGCCCAACAGCUCCGUCUCUACAAGCCACCUCCUUUCUCCUCCGACGAUGAUAUUGAGGAGCAGAGAAUCGAAGAAAUUACUCACAAGGUUGUGUCGCAGGUGGGUUUUGCUGAAUCUAAUACCCCAGUUGCACAAGACCCAGAAAGGUUCAGACCCAAGAGAGCCGCUGUUUUGCUCUGUCUCUUUGAAGGGGAUGCUGGGGAUCUGCGUGUCAUUCUCACUAAGAGGUCAUCAAAGCUGUCCACUCACUCGGGUGAAGUUGCUUUGCCAGGCGGGAAAAGAGAGGAGGGAGACAAAGAUGAUGGGGACACGGCAACAAGGGAGGCAAAAGAAGAGAUUGGUUUGGAUCCUUCGCUUGUCAAUGUUGUUACUGUUCUCGAACCGUUCUUGUCUAAGCACCUACUGAGAGUUGUCCCCGUUAUUGGCAUACUCAAUGAAAAGGAAGCAUUCAAGGCUGCUCCAAAUCCUGCUGAAGUGGAAGCCGUAUUCGAUGCUCCAUUGGAAAUGUUCAUCAAGGAUGAAAACCGGAGGUCAGAGGAGAGGGAGUGGAUGGGAAACAAGUAUCUGAUUCAUUUCUUUGACUAUGAAGCCAAGAACAAGAAGUACAUAAUAUGGGGCUUAACUGCUGGUAUCUUGAUUAGGGCUGCAUCAAUUGUAUACAAACGCUCACCACCUUUUGUGGAGCAGAAUCCCAUUUACAAGGUUCCUAGAGUUGUAGACAUAAAUACCACGAUUCCCACAUACCUUUCUACAAGAUCAAUAAUAUACAAAACAAAUGUAGUCGUGCCUUCAGUAGUAGGUAGGUUGGCCAAUUUAGCCAACGUUGAUCCAGUCGGCCGGUUUUCUGGCACAGUCGGCAGUCCAAUUUGCAGGACCAGUUCACCCCGAUUUGGUGCGGUUUCCUGCCGCCACACCCACCCUAUUAGUAGGGAAGGUAAACGCUAUUCCCACCGUAUUUGUCUCGGAGAGACUGAGGACCUAGAAAAUUGGUGGCAUGCAGCGUUGAACAAAGACUCCAAACUUCAGCCCAACAUUUCAGACUCGAGAAAUCAGUCAUCGGGGCCUUAA